AUGAUAAAAAUCGACAUUGUUUGCUCUACCUUGCUAGAAGACCUCGCCUCAAUAUCGGCUGCGGGUGGGGCCUCUUCGUUGGCGAUGGGCCAAGAGAAGGCCCUAUACAUUGCCCUCUACGAUUUCAACGGUGUUGGAGAGGAUCAAUUAUCGAUUAGGAAAGGGGAUCAUAUCCGCCUCCUUUGCUACAACAAAACGGGUGAAUGGUGUGAAGGCCGCCUCGUAGCCACGAAAAGAAACGACCCAGCUUCCCACAAACGAAUCGGCAUGGUCGGCUGGCUACCCACAAAUUAUGUGUGCCUUGAUCACUCCCUAGAUAAAUAUAGCUGGUAUCACGGCAAGAUCUCGCGGGCUGAAUCUGAAGAGCUUCUCUCUUCUGGUAUCAACGGGUCGUACUUGGUGCGAGAGAGUGAAUCGGUGCCUGGGCAAUGGAGCAUUUCUGUACGCCAUGAUGCCCGUGUCUACCAUUACCGGAUUAAUAUUGAUGCUGAUGGAAGGCUCUUCAUCACUCAAGAAAGCAAAUUCAACAGUAUGAAUGAGCUGGUCCAACAUCACGGCAACCAUCCUGAUGGACUGAUCUGCAGUCUGGUCUACCCUGCCCCACGAAGGGAACAUAAGACCAAGGGGUUCUCAAUGAGCCCCUUCCAACCUCAAGGAUGGGAAGUGGAUCGAACCGAGAUCACGAUGAGCUGCAAGCUUGGUGGUGGUCAAUAUGGUGAUGUAUAUCAAGGCUACUGGAAGAACAGGGAUGAGACGGUUGCGGUCAAGACCCAAAAAGAGGCCAUGACUCUUCCGGAUUUCCUAGCUGAAGCUGCCAUUAUGACAGAACUGCGACAUCCCAACUUGGUCAAGCUCCUUGGAGUUUGCACAGUUGAACCUCCAUUCUUCAUCAUCACCGAAUUCAUGUGCAAUGGCAAUCUUCUGGACUAUCUACGGCGCUCCGACAAAAGUUCCCUGGGCCCAUCAACCCUGAUGCAUAUGGCCACCCAAAUUGCCGCCGGCAUGGCAUACCUUGAGGGCCGAAACUUCAUCCAUAGGGAUUUGGCGGCGAGAAAUUGCCUGGUCGGAAAGAACAACGCGGUGAAGGUCGCUGAUUUUGGGCUCGCCCGAUUUAUGCGCGAAGAUACGUACACAGCACAUGCUGGAGCAAAAUUCCCUAUCAAAUGGACGGCGCCCGAAGGCCUGGCGUUCAACACGUUCAGCACCAAGAGUGAUGUCUGGGCUUUCGGUGUAUUGCUCUGGGAAAUCGCUACCUACGGUAUGGCACCGUAUCCAGGCGUAGAGCUGAGCAAUGUUUACAGCCUAUUGGAAAAGGGUUUCCGCAUGGAUUGCCCUGAUGGAUGCCCCCAAGCGGUAUACCGGUUGAUGCUACAAUGCUGGAACUGGUCCCCAUCCGAUCGGCCACGGUUCAGGAAUAUCCACGACUCUUUGCUCAAUCUCUUCCCGCAUAAUAACAUUGAUGAAGAGGUCGAUCGCCAGCUUGAAAUGUCUCGUCAACGCAGAGCCAGACGAUCUGAAGUAGCAUCCAUCGCCCCGCACGUCUCCCAUUCUCCAGCUAGAAGAUCCGUCGGAUUAUGCUCAGAUUUCCCCCCACCACCAUCUGAACAUCAAUCCCGUCAACCCCUACCUCCACCCGCAUCAACAAAGCCAAAGUUUUUGAUGAAUGUCCUCCAUCCAAGAAGCAACAGUCAUGAUGACUCAGCUCAUUCCCCAACCCCUCUGGCUGAACGUCACCUAAGGAAGACCGUAGGUCGGCUUGGCACCAUGCCAAAAGGUCAAAGGAUUGAUGCCUACUUGCAGAGCCUGAACAACGAUGAAUCAGAGGACGCGGGUAGCAUGACCGGAUCAGUGCCAGACGACGACUCUUUGGAUUCGCAAAGUCAGAUGCUUGCCCAACUGAAAUCAAGGCUGAAGAAGACCAAAUCCGAGUCGCCGGUCAGUUCUCAAUCGGCUUCCGGUGAGGACACACCAUCCCCUGCCCCAUCUUCAUCUCCACGACCAAUCCCACCAACCAGAGGAACCGAACGGGACGAUGGAGAUCAACCGAGGCCAAAGCCAAGACCAAGGAGAAGCGAACCACCACCGCCUGCUGAGGAGCCAUCAACUCCUCCUAUGUGGAAGACCAAACGAACAGUUCGUGCUGAACCAAAGUCUGACGAUAAGGAACAAGACUAUGAACUGCAGAAUCGCAUCCGGAACUUGAGGCAUGUCGAAAGGCCUCAUUUCAGCGCGGAGAAAGGAGAUGGAGAUGAUGAUAGGAUUUUGAAUCGUCGUUCCGAAGAUGAAAGACCAAGAACAGCCGAUGCUAGGGAUUCAAUGGACCUAAACCCGGAUCGUCCUGAAGUUCAGACUGCACGUAUUCGAAACCUUGUCACUCAAAAGGUUGCUCCCUUGCAACAUCAUCGACCCUUCUCGGUAGCUGAUGCCUCAGAGGAAAGUGACUGCUCCUCACCCGCAUUGAGCACAAAGAUCCCUGAUGUGCAACCUCGUCAUUUCUCCACUCUGCAACGCACUCAAAAAACCCCUGAGAAACCGGAAAACAAUAAACGGCUGGGAGGGGCGAAAUUGGGCGAAGACGAGGCAGUGAUGACAAGGACACACUCCCUCAGGGACAUUGCUACCAAAUUUGAGCAACUGAAUACAGCAGUUCAAGCCGCACCACUGCGGACUGGGCUGAAUCCGAAGCGGUUGUCGUUGAUGGAGAAGCCGAAAAAUCCACCGAUGAUGGGCCAGAUGGAUCAUGCUGCACCUUCGCAUUCGGAGCAGCAAAGUGUUAGCAAAGAAAGCGUGCUAGAGUUAGCCCAACGCAUCGAGGAUUGUCUCCGAUCAGCCAUGGAGGGCAAACCAAAUCUGAUCGAGCUGGGCGAUCGUACGCAACAGUUCCACUCGAAUUGCCAAAUCUAUGCAGAGAUGAUCAGCCCGCAUAGUAAAUUCCGAUACCGUGAACUUCUCAACCGCGUCGAGGUAUUGGCCCGUCAAGUCCGCUCCUCCUCUGCCUCAUCCUCAACCACCGUCACCUCUGAGCUGCUCCAUAACCUUGAUACUCACCUCCAACAAAUUGUCCAGCUCAUCAAGCGA